CGAACGGACAUUGGGGAUACGACGUAGUUUACUUAUCGCGAAAAACUUAUUUUGCACUAGUUCACAGCGGAAAUGACAUAUUUUCUUGUUUUUCCGUGGUUAACAACGAAAUUUUUAAAAAAAAAAUAAUAAAUUACGAACGGGGAUCGAUAAAUAAUAUCUAUAUGGUAAAUGCAAAGUUUUAGUUAACUGUAAUUGUUUUGUAGAUACAUUAGUGCAAAACAGACAAUCGCGCAAAAAGCAGAUUAAAUAAUUACACUCAUCGUAUAACAACAAUAUUCCGGUGUUGUCGACUUGUCAAGCAUUUCAUAUUGUACGAGGUGCAGGUGAGACAUUAUUAUUAUCAGAUGCACUUAUUAUUCAAAACUAGCAUUCAGAAUGCGCGUUGUUUAUAUAAAAAAAAAAAAAAAAAAAUUAAAAAAAACACUGCGUUUGAUUCGUCUAUUAUAGCCAGUAUCUAAUCUCAGAGCCUUGGUGUGUACCUACAACGGCGCCAUAAAUCCACUUAACACAGUAUAUCUGCGACAGAAUGUCUUUUCGUUUAUAAUUAUAUUACACGUACCUACGCAUAAAAAAUCUAAUAAUUUUUUGCAGUUUUACUAAUAUUGACGUCCAGUUAUACCGACCACAGAAGACAAAUUAUCACUAUUCGAUACCUAUUCGAUACCUAUCAGAUGCAGUUGUACGGGAUAAGGCGAAAAUAAUCUUCGUUUUUAAAAUGGGUAUGCAUCUUGAGAUAAAUGGCGUAUAUAAAAUCUAUAAUAUUCAAAGCCGGGGAAAUUAACCAUUUUUUUUUAAAAAACUAGUUUAAGUUUAGAUAUCCUAAAAACAAAACAUUAGCUAGGGGUUAAAGUUAGUUUUAAAAUAUAAAUUAAUUUGAGCAACUACAAGUAUAUAAGGUGAGUUAGACAUUUCUCGGAAAAUAACAAUCAAAUUAAAUGUUAAUUUUUUAAAAUUACCUUAAAGUAUACUCAUAAAAACAUAUUUUGUGCCUACUCUAAUAUACCUUUAUAGAUUUACUAUACAAUAAUAAAAGUGUUGUUAGAGUUCCUUUUAAAAAGGAAUUCUAACCCGUUCCUUCUUAUUUAAAAAAAAAAAUGUGUUCCUUUAACCGUUUCAUUUUUCUUUUUUUUUUUUAUGAAUGCUUAAUGUAGUCCAAAAUGUUUUUUUCAUAUUAAUAAAAUUAAAAAAAUAAAUGUGAAAAUAUCACUAAUUAAUUUGCUUUGAAGUAUCUACUCAUUUGAUAUUAAAGAUUUUUAUAAAUUAUUCAUUGGUCUUUUCACACUUAUGUAAACACCUAAUUUCAUAUAAAUAUAAAUGUAGUGUGAGUUAUGUACCUUGUAUGUUAAUAAAAAUAAAAAUAAUAUACCACAAUGCUAUCGAAGUAAAAAAAUACCGGGUCCUUAGUGGCGUACCGAUAGAUUGGCGUGAUGAGAAAUGAACCACGUGCCAUGAAAUUUAGGGGCCCCAAAUCAGAGUCCAAAAUAUUAUUUUUCGGUGAAUCGACAGUCGAAUAAAAAACAGACAAUACACAUUGUUUGAUUUAUUAAGUGACAUGAGUGAACGGACAUGUGUAUGAAAACAGACAGUUACCUUUUCCUUUUUCUUUUUUUUUGCUCAAUAUUGUGUUACUUGGGCCCCAACUCAGAUUGUGCACUUCGUCAGGGCUGGUGCUAGCAAUUAUUGAGGGGGUGGGGUUGUAAACACACAAUUUUUGUUGUUUUUUUUUUGAUUAUUGGACUUUUUGUAAAAUUGUCAAGGUAUUUUAGACAAAAAUUUAGCAAAGCAUUUUUUUUUUAAAGUUGCGUUUUUGUUCUAACUUUUUGAUAUCAGUUUGAAUAUUGUUCGUGAUGCACAUAAUUCGUGGUAUAGUACAGUGUUAUGGAAAUAAAAAAUGACAAUAACUAUUUGAAUAGAUUUGAAUAGUUUAGACUUUUAUUUGCGAACCAUUGAAUAACAGCAAAAACAGAACAUAUUAUUAAAUGACCCGAUUUGUAAAAAUCCAAAAAUAAAUUUUUGAUAACCAAUACAACCUACUACCUGCUACGAUGACAACGCGGUGGGUGGCGGUACACAGAUUGCACUGCACUCACACUAAUGAUCAUUUAUGACUAAAGUAAAGAUAACUGGCAGGGACGACGAGAUUAGAAAUUGUCUAAACACUGUCUUUUAAUAAAUCACCGCUUUCAACCUCCUUAAAUGAUUUCAUGAACUAUUAUCUUUAUCACUAAUCAGAACAGAUAGAACACCAAGUCGGAAACAAAACAAAACAAAAAAUGGUUGGAAGCGUUUCGUCUAUAAGAUUACAAACUUGAUAAACGAAAUUUUUUUCCUCAAAUGUGUCUUAAACCACAUUUCAAAGAAGAACAAAAGAAUCACAAUGUUUACGUCCUUAGUCCUAAAAAUAAUGAAUUAAUUCAUUUAAUUUAAGUUCCUAUUCUUUUAAAAAAGAAUGCAGUUAUUCCUCUAUUCGUUUCUCUAAAAAGGAGUUAAUCCCAGGAACCUUUAGGAACGCGUUCCUUAACAACACCUAUAAAAUAAAUCUUAAAAUAAUAUAUCUGUUGAAUGUUAUUACAAAUAAUACAACCCGUUGAAAUAGAAUAAUAAGUACAUUAGUAGUGUUUUUGUAUUAAUUAUGAUCUCCAAACAUCAAUAAAACAAGACAAUAACUAUAGGAAAUUCAUGAAGCAUAAUUGAAUUAUUAAAAAAAAAAAAAAAACAAUUCAACGGGAAUAUGACACCCUUCCCCUCCCUCGAACACACUUUUAACGAAUAUAUUUCGUAACCUGCGUCUAUUUUACAUAAUAAUUAUAACAUUAUAGUCCGGGGCUGUCUGUUUUUUUAUAUAGGAAUAAUCACAAAACACACGGGAUCAUCAAAUGUGAAUAAUUUGCUGAUGAUCAUUGAAUGCAUGUGCUUGUUGAUGGGCAUUGCGGCCAUGCCUUUGACUGCAGCCCAGACCAGAGUGAGAUGUUUCGACAAAAAUAAAGGCUUAGACAAAACCGGCAUAAUACUGGACUGUUCCAAUAUGGCAAGCAAGAGCUAUCCCUAUACCAUUGAAGAAUGGAUCCAAUAUCACGCAUUUUUCGACGAUGGCAUAUUCGCUAAUCGCGUACUGCACAUAAAUAUGGAAAACAACAAUUUCCAAACGGCUUUCAAAUUACCUAAAAUGCAGUCACUGAAAAAAUUAUCGUUCAAAUACAAUAACAUAUCGACUAUCGAAGACCAAGCGUUUUCGGAUUUACCGGCUCUCGAAGAACUAGACUUGAGUUUCAAUUUGCUAAACAGUAAGUACUUACCAAUAAACUUGUAAUAUUUUACAUGUAUAUGACUAAUCUCUAAACAACAUAUAUAAAUAAAACAGCAUCUAUAAAAUAUAAAAUAAUUAUACCUACCUAUAAUAUAUACGAAAUAAACGACAGUAAUAUUCGAGUAGUAUUCUCGAUUUUGAGAUUUAUUUAGUGUGAAUAUUAAAAUAUUUUCCGAUAGAUACGAAUUCACAAAUUUAAUUAGCUAAAAGGUAUAGGUAUAGGUAUAGGUAUAAAAAGGAAAACCUUUACAUUUUAGAUUCUGAAUGUACCGAAGAAAUGUAUUUUGGUUUCAUUAAAUGUGUGAUUUUUUUUGUUAAUUUUCUGUAAAUAAUAGCAUUUCUACCAGAAAUUUUGCUUCGAUCAUCAAUUUCAGGGUUGGUUUCUGGCAUCAAAUUUAGUCUAGAGAAUGUAAUGGACAGGUGAUUUUUUGAUUUUUUUUUUAUUGUAAUUGAGUUAAAAAUAAUCAUAGAAACUUGAAACUUUCACCGAAUUCACCUACUUUUACCUACUUGUACCAUUAAAAUCCGUUAAGAACACGUGCAAUUGUAAUUUAUUUUGUAAGUAAAAACUAAUACAAAUUUAAAUUUAAAUUUAUUAAAAUGUAUUUAACCAAACUCAUAAUUUUAAUGAUAUUUUGUUAAAAUUUCGCAAAUUUAUGUAUUUACUUACAAAAAAAAAAAAAACUAGAAGAAUGUAAUCGUAAUAUUCAAGUCAAUGGUCAUCUUUUGAAAUAGAUUAUUAUGUACUCAUAUUUAUAAUACAAUUUUGUUGAUUGGUAUGAUUUUAUAAUCACCUACUUAAUAUUAUAGUUUUAUAAAUGCUAACAGUUAGAUUCUUCUUAAUUUCCGAUUUGCAAUUAUUCAUUUUUGUAAUAGGACAAAUUAUAUCACUUAUUAAAUUAUUUAAUUUUAUUAUUCUUUGAAGUCAACAAAUAUAUUAAUAUAAUACUGAACUUAUUUAAUUUGGGAAUCUGUUUGAUUUUUUUUUUUUUCUGAAGAAUAAUUGAAUACAAAUUUAAAUAUAAUCGGAUUUGGUGAAUCAACGAUAUUUAAAUUUCCCAGUGUCUUUUCGAUUAAACAGCUAACGCACUUGAAUUGGCCAAUUAACCUGUAAUUACCACGAUAAAUUUUCAUUUUUUUUCUUCUUAAACCCGUAUUGGUAUACAAUUAAAUACAUUUUACUAUAUGAGACAUCUAUAUUAUAAUUUAUAGGUAUUAUACUUCAUAGCUCUGCAUAAUUUAGUGAAAUAGCCAAUAUAGUAACACGUUCUUAAGCGAAAUAUUAAUCUAUACCUAAUCUAUACCUAUACCUAAUAUUUUUACCAUCAUUGAAAUUCAUUUUUUUUAAAAACUUUUACUUUGAUCAGGAUAUAAAUGAACUAUUAAAAUAAAAUUUAAACUAAAAUUUUUUUCAGACCACAAAUUGUAUUAGGCGAUCUACUAUGAAAUUAAUAAACACAUCAAUUGAAUAUUUAAAAUGUUUUAAUCUGUAUAAGUAAUUCAAUAGCAAUAGUAAGAUCUAAAUUUUACUAUAAUAAUUAUUAUAAAAUUGUUUUGUUUGUAUUUAAGUUGUUUAGUUAAUUAUUAGUUGGCGUAUUUAAUAAUAUUUCACGAGAGGGGUCCAAAUAAUUUUCUUAGUAUAGAAUCGCAUUUAGCAAGAACUACACAGCGCAUAUAAUAAUAUGUAUAUAGGUUUUAUCACUACAAUUAUUAGUAUCUAUAAUAUAAUCUAAUAAUUAAUAGGUAAGUAUUUGCCUAAUUUUUUAGCAAGUUUAACGCAAACGUCGCGAACAGUAAUAAAUCAUUUUCAUUUAAAAGGUUAAUCUGGAACUUUACAAUAUGAAUAUACUUAUCGAUUAUUUCAUAAAAAAUUGUUCAGUUGUAUAAUUUUUUUUUUCGUCAUUGUCAAUUAAUUUUCCAUUAUUAGGAGCAUCAAUACCUGUAUAACUUAAAACAAUAAACCUUAAGACAUUACCUAUACUUUAUCUUUUUAAUAUAUUCCAUUUUCAUGGUUAUGCUUCAUAUUGGAUAACAAUUUCGAUAACCGAAUAUAUUAUAAAAUUACGCUUUGUUUCUGUGAAAACAUAUUACCAAGUGCGUAGAAACGUAAGAUCUAAUUUGAUUGUCGAUUGAACCCCGAAACAUUAAAUUUGAUUAACAGUUUCUAAUUGAAGGAAGGAAUACCGUAAGACGACGGGCAAACAACCUAUCAGACUAUUAAACUUUGCCAACGACCGUGUAGAUAUUAUAUUAUGCACUACUCUGAAUAUAUGCUUAUGCUUACCUACUUGAAAUAUUAUAGCUACGUCAGCGAAUAUCUUAUAAAUUUGUCGUCGGCAAGCCUUAUUGAAUUUAGUUCACUUAGUCUGUCUAAUUAUAGGAAUUUAAUUACAAUUUACUAUACCGUAAACCCCUAUAUGUAUAAUAAUCAACAUAUUCCGUAAGAUUGACUGCGAGGAAUGCAUAAUUUAUGUUUUGAACUCGCCAUAUAUUUACAAUAUGUCAAUUCAAGCAUUGAAUAUAGGUGAUAUACACUAAAAUACAUCUGUACUCAAACAAAUACGAAAAUGUUAUUAGGUAUACGAAUUUAUAAUUAAAUAUAAAUAAUAAAUUACAUACUAUUAUAGAUGCGUAAGGUAUUUUAUGUAUUAAGAGUUGUACGUUUUUAAAUGUUAACUAAAUAAGUAUGUAAGCAUUAUUAAAUAUGAUUAUCUAUUUAGCAUUCUACAUUUACACAGUAUAGAUAUUUAGUGAUUUAAAAAAAGUUUAUUUAUAAAAAAGUUGACUAAUUUUUAUUUCUCAAAUUAUUGCCCAUCAAAUAGAUAAAAUAUAUUACGUUUGUGUUUGAACUGUAUUGUUAUACAUUUUCAUAAUGUUUCAGACAAUUAUAGGACGUACAAAUGUGUUAUAAAAUACUAAUUUUCUACUUUCAGUUGAAUGUGUUGUAGGUACCUAAUAACGUUUUCCAACAAGUAUUGACAUUAUAAGUAUUUCUGAUUUAUAACGUUGAACCGCAUUCCAAAUUCACGAAAUUUAUGUAGAGGUACUUUUUUAACAAUAUAGGUACACGAAAAUCAAACAUUUCAAGUUUGCAUUUAAAUAAUAGAUACCAAUAUAAUAUACAAUAUCGGUUAGGUAUAGUUUAAAUAUAAUGAAAAAACAUAACAAUAUAUAGAAACUAUUAAUAGAUUCCGAGCAGAGGGAGACGCUAUAAAAGUAUUAGAAGUUGUAUUUUUAGCUUAAGUUGAAUUUAUAAUCUUAAAAGUUAAUUGCAUUACUUUUCUGUUUCGUUUGACAUAGUUUAAUUUAUAAUAAACCAAUAAUAUAACCGACUUAAAAUAAUAGGUAUAUAAAUAAUUUGAAAAAUCAAAAAUUAAAAGUGCCUAUGAUAAAUUAUACGUUUUAUAUAUAAAAAUAUUUACUAACGUACCUACCUAUCGAAUUAUAAUUACUUAAAACAGAAAAUUUCAAUUAGUUUCAAUUAAAUAAAAACAAACGUAAUUUUAAAUAAUGCACGUUUAAUCAAAUACAUUUUCUAAAUUAGUAUAAUCUUUUGUGUACAAGAAUAGGUAUACUUAUGCAUUUAUCGCGAAAUUAAUCCAUUGAUUGCAUCAUCAAAAACAACGUUCGAGUUUUAUUUUUUAUCCGGAACAUGACUCACGUCACGUACUGAAGGAUUUAACCGGUUUUUAAAUUUACUAGGUUGUUGAAACGUUAUACAACAUUAAUGAUCAACUUAUAUGAAAUGAUAAACAAAAUCUUAUAAUUUGAUUAAAAAACAAACGGCAGAGGGAUAUCUUAAGAAAUUUCCACUAGGCAACAUUGUGAAAUAAGGCUUUGUUACAUUGCCCCUUGGUUUCAAAUACAAUUGUAAUUUAUCAUUUUUUUUUAUAAUUUGUAGUCAUGAUAUGUACCUUAAUUUUAAUUUUUUGAUUUAGCGGGUACCUACUACCAUUAAUAACAUUUAUCCGACCCAUUUAAAUUUUAUUAAUAUAAUUUGUGAACAAACCCAUGUAUUUAUACUUGUAUGUAAUGAUAAAUGAUUUCUAACGAAAAACUAUUCUGAAUGAAAUUCAGUAAAACAUGUUUUAAAAUUUCACUAUAUUUAAGAUUUUCAUAAACAUUUGUACUUUCAUUUUUUAUAGUCUUUUUUGGUUUUCAUAGUUAUUUUAAAAAAUUAUUUAGAUAUCAAAAACGACAUUCUUUGUCAGUGGUUGUAUUAUGUUAAAUGGAACAAAAUCGAUAUUUUGUUAUUUUUUUAUUGGAGCAAUAUUUCUGAUGGAAAAACGUGAGAGUACACAAGUAUACUCAUUUAAGACUAAAUUGAAAGAUACACUCUAUGCGGAAAGCACCAAUAAAAGUUAAAUCAAAUAUUCUCUCGCUAAUACUCUAAUGUUCUUGGGAAAUAGUUUCAAUAUUGAUAUUUUUAACUUUAAAAAUCUGGACAAAUUUAAAUAUUAAGCUUGAAAAAAACAAAAUUCUAAAAAUUCUUUCUUUUUACAUAUAUUUAAUUAUUAUUAUUAAUACUAUUAUGAUUAAUUGUUAUUAUCUUAUUGUGUUAUAAUUGUGUAUUUUUGUGUUGUCAAAUUAUAAACUUGUGAAACCAAAUAGUAUUAUAUGUAUACAUCUGUUAUACAUUAUUUAAAUAAUGUAAAAUGGAGUUUAGUGGAAUUUAAUCUUCAUAAAUAAAUAUAUUAUUAUAAUAAGUUGCAAAAAUUAAAAACAAUGUAAACGGUAACGCCGUGGCGUGCCGUAAAUAUUUGCAGUUUUACCUACAAUUUUCUUUCGGAUUUUUCCCAAUUAUUUUUAAAACCUCUUAGAAAGUUAAAAAAUGAUCUCACAAUGCACCACCUAACCUAACCUAACCUAACCUCUCUGAAAAAGAGUUAUAGUGUAUAUUUCGGACCAAAUUUUCUGGUAGAAAAGUUGUUCACAGUUAUACAAAAAAAAAACCCCAUCAUAAUAAAACCAAUAAAUCCCUUACUACGCUCCGAAUCUAAAAACAUAAUGGAAUAAUUACAGUUACCGUUUUUGCAUUAUUAUUAAGAAAACUAUAACCAAAAUGACUUCUUCAAUACACCAAUUAAAACAAAUUGACUACGAAGAAAUACUUUUUUUGUUUUUAGAUUCAAAGUGUAGUGAAGAAUGUUUUCGUUUUAAAAUGUUUUUUUUUAUAUACAUAUACUGUAAUAAAAAUUUGUAAUCUUACUUCGAUAUGUAAAUGUGGUACCUUUUCUGAAAAGACAUUUUGUCUAGAUGGUACUUUAAGCAGGUCAUUUUUUAAUUUUUCCAGAGAUUUUCAUAAUAAAUGAGAAAACCCGGGGAAUAAUGUAGGAAAAACGGGGAAAUUUACGAAAUGUAUUAUUUUCAAUUAGUAAAUAUUAUGGCCUUUCAAAACAGCUAUAACUGAACUCCACUCAGAAUUUCUUUUCGUCAACAAUUAUUAAAUAUAUAUAUUAAAUUUCCCCUCUGCUUUCCCGAAUUCUCACCUAAAACAAUGGGCCACUCAUCGUGCAAUGUAUGUCCGUUUGUUUUUAUUGUUUGAUUGAUUGAACAAAUUUUUUAAAAAUUACUGAAUUACAUUUAAUUUUGUAUUAUUUUUCUUUUUACUACAUACAAUGUACUUUUUAUGAACCUCUUAAAAAGCUUACAAGCAUUUCUGUUCGGUCAUAACAAUAUUAUCCUGUUCUGUAAUUAUUUUGAUAAACUAUUUUUAUCACUAUUCUUUUUAUGGUACAUAAUGCAUGAUAAUGUUUUUAAAAAAAAAAAAAUCUGAUAUCGCUCAAUUAUUUAAAAUAUUAUCUAUUAGACAACUAGGUGACAAUAAUGCGAGCAAUAUUUAUGUCACCUAAUAGGUAUACUUAAAUUACUACUAGUUGAAACUUAAAAUAUCCAUUUGGGGUUGGGAGGUUAGAAUAAAUAUUAUAAUGUUAGUAUCACUAUAAUUGUACAAAUUAUCGGACGCUUUAUAUUUCAGAGAGGGGAGAUGUUCAAUCCCAUAAACCCUUCUGAUAUAUAUUCUAAUAUAACUGAUAUAUUCAGAAUGCAAUAUCUAUAGGUACCUAUUGGUAUAACUUUAUAAAAUAAUUUUGCGAAUUUGUUGUGUGCAUACACAAUUCUAUAUUAGCUAUUUGAUAUUGUCAUAAAUUAUAUUUUCCUAUAUAAUUACACAGCUAUAUUAUAAACAGUCAAUAAUUAAAUUUAAGUUAAAUAUACUGUAAAUAUAUUUAAAAGUUUAAACCUAGGUGAAUAUAAUGCAAUGCAAUUUAAUAUAACUUACAUAUGUAUUGGAAAUAUAGGGCAGAAAAUUGAAAAAUAAUUCAACUAUUAGGUAUUUUAUUAAUAAAUUCGAAUACUAUUAUUAUCAUAAUAUAUUAUUGGUUUCCCUACAUUUUUUAAAAAUGUAUGAUCUAAGUAAAGUUAAACAUAUGUAAACAAAGGGUAAUACUAAUGAUGGGUGUGCCACUGUUUUAUUGUUUACCUCUUGUUUUAGGAAGUCGGAAAGGAAGAUAUGUCGAGUAAUUUAAUUUCCAUCUGUGCGCAACAAUAAUUCAUAGUUAACAAAAAAUGAUUUUGAGCAGUGUUAUUAGUAGUAAUAUUAGUAGUACUAGUAGUAGUUAUUAGUAAUUAACGAAGAUAAUUUAGAAAUCAAUCAAAAAUUAUACAAAAAUCGUCAGUUUUUCCCCUUUUAUUAAGAAAAUUAAUUGAAAAAUUUAAAACUUACUCCCUUUAAUACGCCAUCUAGAUCAAAAAUUAUAUAAGAAAGUUUGUAUAAAGUUUUUGGUUAGAACGAGUUUUCUGGCAGAAAAGUUGUUUAAAAACCCACAAAAAAUUUCUUAGUAAAAACAUUUUUCAAUAAUUUGUUUUCAAAUAUUACUAAUCAUCAUUGUUGAAUAUUAUAAAAAAAUGAUCAAGCGAUAAAUUAAAUAAUAGCUGGUUUCUUUUUUAGGUCACGAGUUACGCCAUGACGUGUUUUAUAGUCCUAAACGCCAGAAUUCACGAAUUACACAAUACGGUAAAGAAGCGCCAUUAAAAGUUCUCAAGUUGAACUUCAACAAUAUCCAUUCUCUAUCGCCGGAUUGUUUUGAAUAUUUGAGAAAAUUGGAAGUGCUCGAAUUGAACUAUAAUCCCUUAUCGGUUAUUGAUGAAAACACAGAAAUUGCAUUAGGAUUUUUAACAAAUCUGCAGGUAAAAUUCUUAAUAUGUUCAGUGUGUUUCAUUCAAAUGACAACCCGAAAUGUUUAAUCCGAAUGGACUUGAAUCGGAAUGAUUUUUUUUCAGGAAGAUUUAAAAUCUCAGAAUACCUUUUUUUUAACUUGUUAACCCCACGAAUUGUUUUUUAUCUAAAAAACUGUCAUGGGAUACAGGAUAUCCAAAGUUUAAAAAACAUGGUUUAUCUCGAUUUUUAAAAAAUUUAAACCGUAUGUUAUUAUUUAAAUUACUUUUCUUUUAAUGUCGCGCAUUAUAUCAUAUGGUUGUAUUGCAGGUAGUUUUGGGUAAAAAAGAAUUGCAUUACCAAUAGUCAGAGUUGCUUAAGAAAUAAAUAGCAAUAUUCGAAUAUGGUGUUAAAAAAUAGGCGUUUCCGUUUAAGGGAAAGUAAUGAGCGCGCGCACCUCAAGCAUUAAAAUGUUAAAUUUAGAACGCCCGGUCUUCCAAAAAAAAAAAAGGAAAAUUCCAUUUUAAUUUUUAAGUCCGUCCGGCUGAAAUAUUUCGCGUUACCAUUUGAGUGACAUACGCUGCAGUUAAACUUUGGUUUCGGUGCUGCUCAAAUUUUAUGUCAUUUUGCGGAUAUUUUUUCAAUUAGAUAUUGGAUUUGGGCAAUACGGACAUUAUGGAAUUCCCAGCGAACAUGUUUUCCGGGCUAUCCAAUGUCCGGACGCUGUACCUGAACGGCAAUCGAUUUAGCAGCAUCCCGAAAGAAAUCCGUUACAUGCCACUGACGUUUCUCAACAUGAACGCGAACCCCAUCGGCGAAUUGGACGGCGAUUCGUUUGUCGGCAUGGACACGCUCGAACAGCUGAUGAUCAGCAGUAUGCUCAAGUUGACCAACAUUGGGAAGGGCACGUUCGCGCCACUAAAGAAACUCACGACCCUACGAAUGACUCACAAUCCCAGUCUGUCGAACAUCGAUCCCGACGCGUUCAGGGACUAUAGGUUCGACCAUAUGUCGCUGAAAAAAGUGAGCUAUACACCUCUUGAUGCUAUGAUGCCGACCGCGAUUUUUCGAAUUUCCAAACAGCUGUACGCUUUACGUAUGUAAGUUUUGGAUAUUUUGAUUUCAGUUAUACUUGAGUGACACCAAUAUCACCAGUAUCGACUCGAUGCUCUAUCCGUGGACCAUGCUCGACUUGUUCGACGCCAAAAGUAACCGGUGGACGUGCGAUUGUCGGUUAUCGUGGCUGGCAAGUUAUUUAAACGACACGUUUACCGAAGACCCGGAUAUACUUCUCUACUAUCGGUAACGUAGUAUACGAUAAUAAUAUUCCUGUCAGUAAAACAUUUCACAUACGAUAUUCACAUACGUCAACGUUUGUAAACAAAUAUCAUCAACGUUAGAAGUUAACAUUCUCGAUAAAAUGUAUUAAAAACACGAAAAAUUCAUAAUUUGGUUUGCAAGUAGUUAGAAAAACGUAUAAAAUAUUCAAUAUAAAUUCAAAGGAAAAAAAAAUGUUUUCUCAAAUGUUUGCGAUUUCUCAUUGCAUUAAUAUCUUACAUUAUCAUCUAAUACCGACCUAACUUUUCACCGACUUUAGUGGCGUACCCAAACUAUAAAAAGUAUCUAACUAUAAACUAUAGUUAUAGUAAACUAAUUAUAAAAUAAAUAGCUGAUACUGCUGAUAGGUUUGCUAAACUGUUGUAGGUGGAAAUUUGGGAAAACGGGAUAAAUAAAGUUAUUUAAUUUAAAUCUGUACGCAAAGAUAAAUCAUUGCUAGCGAAAUAAAAUUCUGAGCGAAGAUUGGUUAAACAUAUUUAAAAAUAUGAUGAUUUUUACGGUUUCAGUACAAUUUGGACUUUAAAUGCGUAUAUAAAAACCCUACUUCAUUAGCCUUAACUGUUUUUACCGUCAAAUAAAACUUUUAAUGAAGUUUUAUUUUAUAUAUACAUUUUCAAGUAUUUUUGUUUGGUAAAAGUAAUUUUAUCUACAUAAAACAAAAUAAUAACUCAAAAAAAACCAAUGUCAAAUGCGUAUAAAUAGCUAAAAAGUCAUUAAGACCUUGGUCCCUCCAAAUUUGUUAAAAACGAAGUCUUAUUUCACUCAAAAAAACUCAAAACCAAUCUAAGAAAUCAUCACGUGGCAAUCAACACCAAUGUUCCACAAAAAUAUUUAUUCUCCUUUUCUUCAUUUAAGGGAAAUUAGACGUGAACAAGGAAGAAUACAGUUCAUAAAAUUCUAACCCACCCCUUUAAUGGACAAAUCCAAUUCUAUUUUAAUUAAUGAACAAACCCAACCUCUUAAAAUCAAUCACUAGAAAAGGCGUUAAGCCUUGUUUAGUGCACAGACCAAUUAGUCGUUCAAACAAGUAAAGCUAAACGGGUUGUUAUCAACAUUUUACCACGUCUAGAAAAGGCCGAUACAAGAUAUUUGGUAAAAAAUUCAGGUCUCCACGAUUAUUUGUUACUUAACUACAAUACCACCAAAUCGAAUAUAAUAAAACUGUAAAUUCCGUGAACUUUUCCGUUUUCCUAAGCUUUUCCUACGGUUUUUCUAAUUAUUAAAAAAACUACAUUAAAAACAAUCCUUUUAUGCACCGACUUUUAGAUUCAAAAUCCCACCUAGUCAUUUUUUGAUUGGAAUAAAAUAUAAUAUCUCAUUUAUAAUAUUUUUUUUUUUAUUUAAAACAUCUGUGUGUGUGUGCUUAAUAUAUUUCAGAUGUAACGAGCCCAAAGAUCUGAACGGUACGCUAGUAUCGCAAUUGAACAAUCACAUCGAUUGCGAAGAUUUCAACUUACAUUCUUCCUAUCCCAAUCACGGUCACGGACACGUUACGCGGCUCAGACAUUUCAUCAUUGUCAUCGGCCUGGUGAUCGGUAUUUUCGUAUUCGGCACUUUGAUAAAUAUGGGCUGCAGGGAACUCGGGCGAAUACUCAAACCGAAGAUAUAUGUCCCGGCUAGAUUUAGUACCGGCGUGAAAUACAGACCGGCCGAUUUCGAAGAUAAUAUAGACACGUCGGGGAUCCCGGCAAGACACGAAACGACGAUUAACGGACGACCACCAAUAGUCAUAAACAACAACAUCACAGACUGAACUUCUAAGCUAUUAUGCAAAAAUAAUUUUAGCUUUUAUAUUAGCUUUCUGAAAGCCAUUUGUGCAUAACGUAAAUCCGGCAAAUAGUUUACUACAGACAGUAUGAGAAAACAAAUUGUAAACAAUUAUUAUUACUUUAAUAUAAGAAGUACUGCGUGCUGUAUCAUAUUAUUAAUAAUAUCUAUUAGCACGAGUUAUUUAUUAAAGCGGAUCAAAAAUUAGCAUUUAAAUUUAAAAGAACAUCUCAUCGCCGACGAUAUUCAGCGGUAAAAACAUCAUGUAUGUACAGAUUUUAAAAUGUCUAAAUUAUUGAAAAAAAAAAAAAAAACCCCAAUAAUAUUUCGAAGAGAACCAUUCGUAUGCGAAAAAUCAAGCAGAAAAACCAGUGAGAAAAAAACAUUUUACAAAAACCUUAGAAGAGUAGGUACUUUUUUUUGUAUUUUGCGCGAACGCGUUUUUGAAUAAAUUUCACUAUUACCCACGAAAUAAAAAAAGUUGUGGCGCUCGGGACGAGACCACAAACAUUUGUUUAUUCGAUAAUUUGUACGAAUGUUGUUAAAAUUGUAUUAUUUGCUAUUUUUAUAUUAAGUCCUGUUGCGAAUACACCGCAGUCUCUUAGAGUGUAAAUCUUUAUCAAUUUGUACUAGAACACGAAAACGACCGGAAUUCAAACGAUUUAUCGAAAAAUAUUUUUACAUUUUUAAUAUUCCGUAAAUAAUAAUCGGCUUCGUACUACCGAGCAAAUUUUAGUUACCGCGAAUGAUUAAUCUACUGUGCGACAUGUAAAAUAAAAUUACACGAAAUUAUAAAAUUAACUUUUUACAAUACACCCCACCCGAGCACUAUUAUCCAUACACUAUAAUAUAACAUAUUAUGUUUAAUGAAAAUAUGAUACUCCGAUAUUUUAACCUACAUUGUCUCCGUAACACUGGGCGCAUUCGAUUCAAAACGUUUUCUGAAGCGUUCUCAAUUUACACGUUCUUUACUCUUAGAGGUCUUUAGGGUCUUGCCAUCAUCACGGGCCCAUUGCGACGACUAUAGAGCGGCGAGCAAAAGCACUUUUCGCCCGUUUUUGCGUAUAAAACGUCUAGUGGGCUUUUGACAUAAUGAGUUUGUCUCAUCACUACAUCGUAGUACAUACGUAACUAUAAUGAGGGCACAACGUCAAGGGGUGUAGUGUUUUUUUUUUUUUUUUUUUUUUUUUUUUUUUUUUUUUUUUUUUUUUUCAUUCUUUCAAACGUUCAUUGUUUACGAAAACCGGAAACCCUUGAUGCCGGUUAUUGUUGUGCUCCGUGUGCCAAAACGCUUUUGUACACAUAAAAAUUGUUUUUAACCUUGUUACCGAACCUAAAUUUGUAUUGUUCUAGACAAAAACGACAAAAGCAACGAGAAGUUUUUUUUAUCGAAAAUAAUUUCCAUAGGUACACCUACUAAUAAAAAUUAAACGUCAAAUGAAUUUUAAAUUUUCGUUGAAACAAUAUGUAUUGUUAUUAUUGUAUAAUGUAAUAUUAUGUGCUUAAUUAAAGAAUUCAAUUAUAAGAAAAUUAUUAAAGAAAAUUCAAGUUGAUAUCAGUACCUGUUAAAACAAUUUUUUUUUUUUUUGUCGAUAUUACAAAAAAAUAUUAAACCGUGUAAUUUAAUAUGAAUAUGUUAACGUUCGAAUAUGAUCAAAUCACUUGUAAAGUAUGUAAAGUAUUCUUAUUUUGUUACAUUUGUUACUUGCUAAGUCUACGUUUUUUUUUUUCUUUAUUAGCUUUAAAUAUUUAAUUUAUUACAGCUCGACAAUUAAUAACAACAUUCCACCAGAAGCCUAAAAUAAUAACAAAAUUGUAUUUACAAACAUAAAGUAAAGCAAAUAAAGGUGCAAAAAAAAAAUAAAAAUACGGAACGAACUAUAUGUUAAAUUAAAAAACCAGCAGAUUUUAAAAAUUCUAACAUGGCGAGAAUAACGGGAAUAAAAUCAGAAUUAAUCAGGCUCUAUGGGAGAAAUAUUGUUAUUGCGAACUACUUGGAAAAGAUGAGGGAUGGUGGAUAGUGAUAGUCGCGUUUAACCUCAUCAUCAUGCCGAGUACAAAAAGGGGAAUUAUUUACCUA